AUGCAGCCAGUCCGCCAUACGCUCGGUGGCCUACUCCUUGAGCAGGGUCGUGUCGAAGAAGCAGAAACUUUGUUCAAGGAAGAUCUUGGCUUCGCUCUUGACUAUCCUCGGCAGUUUUCAUCACACACAAGUGCCUCUCCCUCUCCUUCGACGUACCACAACAACAACUACCUCAAAAUCGCUCGCUACGCGGCCAGUGCUACUCCUUCAACGCACCCCUACAACGUUAAUCCUCGUCUUUUCGACAUCCUCACCGGCCACAUAGCUCAACCAGCUCCCGAGGACCCCGCUCUCGCAGAGUGGCUUCGUCAGUCCCGUCACCUUCUUCCAUACCUUCACGCCACAGUUCACGCUUCUCUUAAGCCUUACAUCGACACCGCUCCUAACGCUCCCGCCGCGUACCAGAGUCUUUACAAGGCCUUCGCCGUCCGUACCUACAAUAUAGGUUUCGACAAGUUCCAUAAGUGGACUACCCUUAAGUAUGACAACGCCACCACUCCACAACAGUUCGUUAUCAAGUGGCGUACCGCCUACGCCGAGUUAGUAGAGGCGUGCGGUCACUCUCACGUUUCGAAUACGGCUCAGUACUUCUUCUUUCUUACCGCCGUUGGCGUGAAUCCCGCUACUCAUCAGUGGCUCAAUAUCCUUCGUCCCCCGAACAACGAUACGUCCGAGCAAGUUCUCAUCGAGGCAUUCUCCGGCUUCGUUAUCUCCGAGAAUCGGCGCCUCGCUACUCAUCCAAACUUCACUUCCGAUCCAGUCUUUUACGACGCAAACGCAACUUACAACCAAGGUAACAAACUAGGCAAGAAGCUAAGGCACUUCUGCAUUUUCCACCAGCGAAAGACCGCUCACACUUCAGAGGAGUGCUUCCAGAAUCCCGCCAACCCCAAGUCAGCUCACGCGGUCAACACUCCGGCUAACACUACCACCAACAAGCCCACUACAGCCAAUGCUCCUAGCAACCCCAUCGUACGAUACAACAACCUCUUCGACAACUAG